AUGUCGGCGACGGUGCUCGAUGAUGCCAUCUCGAUUUCGAACAACGCAGAGACUGGAGGUCCACAUUACUCGCAGAAAACGAGCGCAACCACGGCCGAGCCGCCCUCGGCCGAGGUGGAAUCCGCCAACUGCGAUUGCUGCGGGCUCACGGAGGAGUGCACACCGGCGUACAUCGAACAUGUGAGGGAACGGUACGACGGGCGGUGGCUGUGCGGGCUCUGCGCCGAGGCCGUCAAGGAGGAGAUCAGCCGUUCAGGUCAGCGGCUGAUCGGCGCCGAAGAGGCACUCAAGCGCCACAUCACAUUUUGCCGGAGCUUCCGUUCCUCCCCGGCACCGAUGGCCGCCGACGCCAACGACCACCUCAUCACGGCCAUGCGGCAACUCUUCCGCCGCGGUUUCGAUUCUCCCCGAGCGGCCCGGUCCGCCUCCAACAGCCCUCGGCGGAGGAUACCCGGGGACGAAGACUCUCCCCGGUCUCCCUUCCGCCCGGCUACCUAUUUCUCCCCCCCCGGCAGGCUGAGCAUGCAGAGCUAG